GUCUGAGUUUAGCUGGAAGAUUAUCUCUGUUCUGUCACCAAAAUGAAGCUGGUUCAGUUUAUACUCAUCAACCAGUUUGGCUUGCUCUGUCGAGCUCUUCGGCAUACUUCCACUCAAGCAACUGAGACAGCAGAGAGAAAUAAAACAAAGAAACCUGAAGAUGACUUCAGCAUGCAACCUUAUGUUCAUCAACUCGCUGCUAAAUGCAGAUGGACUCUCAAGAUGCCUGGAAACAGGACAGAAGAUGGGGUUCCACUCCCGCUGGAGUUUUCAGACACUUUGGCUGAACGGAUCUGCCAGGAUCUUAACUGCGGAAGAGCUCAUAAUGUCGAGAAAACCACGUUGCCUCCCAACAGUAGCUGCUACCAUGGAUGUUUGUACCAGAACCUGCGUCUGCAGAACUGCUCAGAGACUGUGGAGAUGAGGUGCUCCGUUACCACUAAAGUGGUUUGUGCUCAUCAGUCCCUUCGGCUGUCAGGAGAUACGGAUCGCUGUGCCGGGCGGGUGGAAGUUUGGAAAAAUGGGAAAUGGGGAACGGUGUGUGAUGACAGUUGGGAUCUGAGAGAUGCUGACGUGGUUUGUGCCCAGUUGGGCUGUGGGAAGGCUAUUAGGGUGACGGGUCAGGGUGGAUUGUUUCCUCCAGGGCGAGGACCGGUCCACCUAGACGAGCUGAACUGCACCGGGAAUGAGGAGAACCUGUGGGCCUGUCCGGGUGUACAGAAAGAAUCUGACUGUGGACACAAAGAGGAUGCUGGUGUGGUGUGCUCAGGAUCUUUGAUGUUUUCUGCCACCACAGCAGGUGUGACUGUGGUGACAACAGCUCUCACCACUCCCAGUUCUCCUGCUGCCGUUCCAUCUCCAGAACUUCUCAGCAUCAUGGUUCUGUCUCUUGCAGUGCUUGUACUUUUCAUCCUGAACGUGGUUCUCUGCCUUCUUUACAGACGUCAACAUGUGUACUUACUGCAGCAGACUCACUCCAACCAGAGAGCUUCUACCGAGCAUCCUCAGAACCACUACAAGGAGAACCUGAACCUGGAAGAACUCACUCCCAUCCCGCCGCAGACAGACGUCCCCUCCAGGAUUCUUUGGACCCAGAUUAGUAGUGUUGACAGCACGUCAGUAGAUACAGACUAUGAGCAGUAUGACCUGAGCAAUGACCCGUCUAUCAGUUUAUCCACCUUUCGGAAUUCUCAGAGAUACCAAACAGACUUCAAUCCUUCAGUGAAGCCUUCUGCUCUCAGCAGCUUUGAUGAAGAUGGUUCUGGACCUCAAAACGCACACAUUGGAGCUUUUAAAAACUAUAACAAAGGAGCCGCGGAUCCUCAGUACAGCAGAGUGUCAAAUAUCUCAGAGGAUUCUUUCGAAAUCUCCAGUACCUCCUCUGAAGACUACGAAAAUGUAAAUCCCAGUCAUGUCACGGACAUUCCAGGUACCUCACAACUGGCAGAACCAGGCCAUAACCAGGCAGCUGUAGGCCCUUCACUGUACACCAACACUCGUUUUCAGUUUGGACAAGAAGGAAAGGAGCAGAGUUCAGAUGAUGAUGAUUACUGCCCUGUGAGCCCAGACUGAAAAUCUUCAUCUGAUGAUGAGGUCACUUGGCAACACAUCAAGGAAACGCUGCCCCGCUCACAGAGACAGAGAAAAAACCCUAAAACUGCCAAUCCUUGAAUCUGAUGGUUUGAAGAUGUUGAGCUGUGAGCAAAAACACUGAAGAACAUUUAUUGGUUACAAUUCAGCUUUUUAACAAGAAGCUGCCAUAAUGACAUUUUUAAAAACAUGAUCAUUUUCAGAUAUUACUGAUCUUUGAGAACAAUUUACAAAUUCAUGCUCCCUGAGUGGAACAAGAUGAAACGAUCUUUAAGCUGUUUAGACCAGAAAUUAGAUCAAAUUUCUUCCGAAAGGAGCAAACUAAGAUGGUGUGAUGGAUGAAAGGAGAUUUUGUCGCAAAAUGCUGUGUUCUGCAAACUGAGUGUGGUCAUUCUGUCAGGAGGAGGAUCCAAUCAGUAAAAAAAAAAGGUAAAAAAACAAGUACACCCUCAUUCAGCUGUAAGUUUUAAAGAUAGGACACGAUGAAACAGAUCUGAUCAUUAUAUAUUCUUCAGUUUCCACAGUGUCAUUAUUUAUCAAGCAAAGAUGAUGCAAGAAUGGAAAAGCUGGGUGUGAAAAACUAAGUACACCCUUCCUGCUGCCACAUGAUUUAUGAUGAAAAGUAUCAGCCAGGUGCUGCUGUAGUGGUUGCAGAAUGGUUGAAUAUGGGUUUAAUAAUAAUCACCGAUGAGGGAUCAGGAUCUGCAAAGGUUUAUUCCUGCACAGUAGCAGUUGACACACUUAAUUUGACAGGGAAAAUCUGAGACAAACGUAAAAGUAACAGGGUUUUCUUCCACCCCAUCAAAUUCACAGUAAGGCUUAAAACUAAUUUAGUAACAGUUUAACAUUAACAAUGUCAAGGGACAUCUGUGCGGCUGCCACAGUAAUGGGGGCACUGUGCCGGUCCGUUGUGGUGAAGAGAGAGCUGAGCUGAAAAGUGAAGCUCUCGAUUUACCAGUCAGUCUACGUUCCUACCCUCACCUAUGCCUCA